GAAUGCACCAUUCCUGGGUGAGCGAGGCUUGGAACACACAGCAGGGGAGCCAGGCGCCGGAAGUGACGCGCGGUGGCGGGCGGACGGGGCGGAGCUAUAUAAGCGCGGCUCACACCGUCCGUUGUAUUGUUGAAGCGGAAGCCGCGCCCGAGCACGUGAUACCUCUUACCGAGAACGCACCGAGAUGGGGGACAAGAUGGACAUGUCCCUGGACGAUAUCAUUAAGAUGAACCGGAGCCAGCGGCCGGCAGGCCGGGGGCGGGGAGGCAGAGGGGCCCGGGGAGGACUAGGCCGCGGUGGGGCCGGAGCUCGAGUUGGAGGCGGCCGGGGGGCCGGUGGAGGGCCGCUGAGGACCAGGCCGAUGAUGAGCCGGGGAGGCAGGAACAGACCCGCACCGUACAGCAGGGUAGGAGUCCGGAGCAGGGAGGGGGGGAGGGGGGGCUGGCUGGGCGAUCUGGGAGUCGGAGUACUGGGGAUUAGGGAGGGGGGGGCUAAUACUCCCAUAACACAAUGGCCAGCGCUAUACACACUGCUCUCAGCUUGCAUCAUGGGAAACGUAGUCCAGAUUUGCUGCAGUGCUCGGUUUAUCUGCCCGGGAGAAUGUGACCGCUCAGUGUUGGUGGGUUUGGGGGUUAAAGCGCUCUCCUCCUUCUCGAACUUUAGUUAACCUGUGUUUUUCUCUUUCCAGCCGAAACAGCUUCCAGACAAGUGGCAGCAUGACCUGUUCGAUAGUGGCUUUGGGGCAGGAGGUGGUGGUGGGGGUGGUGUGGAGACUGGAGGGAAACUGCUGGUUUCAAACCUGGAUUUUGGGGUAUCGGAUGCCGACAUACAGGUGAGUAACACUCGAACUUGCGUUCAUGAAACCUGUUAAUCAGCUUUUUAAAAAAUAUAUAUUAUUUCUUGAGUUGCAACACAUUUGAGUGCUGUUUUGUCACAUUUCCUAGAUGCUCAUUAUGGAUCACUUUUUUAAAAAUUAUUUUAAUGAUAAAUAGGGCUGUGUUUGCAUGGCAUCUACACACGCAAUAUUAAAUGGGAAUAACACUUUAAAUCUGGCUGGGGGUGAAUAUACGAUUUACUUUGUUUUACAUUUAGUAAUUCCUACACACAAAGUGCAAAUGGAACAAUUCCAAAUAUUUACUGGUAGUAAUCUUUAAAUUUUACUGUGUAAUUUAAAGAGCUUUAAGCAUUGCUCAUCUCAGUCUGGGUUCACUGACAGAUGGAACUAUACCUCAGGGUUCUUUGUACCUGCAGGAAUUUAACCUCUGCUGGUACUUUUAACAGUGUGUAGAUUUGUUUAGUUUACAAUACUGCAGCAAAUAUUAAUGGGGUAGUAGACAAUUUUAUCUGGUCUCAAAUCUUUCUGUAGUUCAUUGUUAUAUAAAUCUUCUGUUACAGUGUUCUACCUAUGCUUGAAUCUGUUGUUUUUACUGGUUAUAAUCAUAAAAUUAAAAAAACCUUUAACAUAACAUUGAGCAUCAACAUUAAAGAUGUAUGUACAAUUUCUAUAACUGGUGUAGUAGCACUGAUUUAGCUUAACUGUUGCUAUCUUAUUUUAUCAGUGUGAUAAUGAAUGGGAGUCUAUAGUGUAAGGAAUACAACUUUGUAUUCCUUACUCUAGUUGCCUCUGGGGUCCCAGGUGCCACAAGGGUUUGUAAAAAUACUUGCCUAAUUCCAGUGCUGCCUUCUGUCUCCAGACUGUGGGCUCAUUAGACCCUCUCCAUAGGAAAGCAUUGCUUCAGUGCUUUCCUACAGGGAUUUAACUGACAGAGAAAUGUCCUCGUGCAGAUCGUGAGACCAGACAGUGAAGUCGCCUAGCCACCAGGGAGUGCCUCUAGUGACUAUCUGACAGCCACUAGAGGUGGUUUUAGUCCUGAAAUGUAAAUCAUUGCAGGAAUAAGGGGGCAGGGACACUGCACCCAGACCAGUUCAGUGAGCUGAAGUGGCCUGGGUGCAUAUAGUAUCACAUUAGAUUGUUUGAGCAGAGUUAUUAAUCUAGUAUGUUGCUAUACCUCUGGCAGCAAAGGGAUUCGAAUGUUAGCAACAUUUCAUACUGGCUGCAGUCUCCAAGCACCAAAAUCAUUGGAAUGUUCAUGCUGCCAGUAAACUCUCUGCUAAACAUUCUGAAGAAUAACUACACUUCUGGAAGGCAAGGUUUGGAUACAGUACAAGCUUAACGUAUAGUCUAAAUACUUCCUGCAGUCUGUCUACUAUGAACUGGUUUAGAACUCUUCAUGAACCAUAAAUCUGAUACAGCUUUAUGUACUUUUUCUGUAGAGAAGAUUAAUGCUUCCAUUGUCUUGUGAUUUGCUGAAUGUGGAGAAAUUGUUUUGAUUUUAUGCUCUAGUGCAAGGGUGGGGAACAUUCGGCACUCCAAAUGUUUUGGACUAAAUCUCCCACAAUACUGGCAAAGCAUGAAGGGAGAUGUAGUCCAAAACAUCUAGAGGGCCAAAGGUUCCCCCACUCCUGCUUUAGUGAAUUAACAUUUGGCUAAGAUCUGAUCUUAAAUUUAAUUGAAUGAAUGUCUUACUAUUUGCCUGUUUGUUCAAGGAGCUCUUUGCAGAGUUUGGUACUUUAAAGAAAGCAGCUGUACACUAUGACCGAUCGGGGAGAAGUUUAGGAACCGCAGAUGUGCACUUUGAGAGAAAAGCAGAUGCCUUGAAGGCUAUGAAGCAAUAUAAUGGGGUUCCGUUGGAUGGUGAGUGCAUUGUGCAAACCUUUUGGUAUUCUGUACAUCAUAUUGUGAUUACUGUUGGAGUAUUGUAAACACUAAAGAUUCAUACCCUUUGAAGUGGCUAUGGUGCCAGGUGUGCCUCUAAACUAUCCCUGUGUAAUCUGUGACAGCUUAACCUGGGUCCAGUCAGCUGCACAUGACUGAACACAAUGUCUCCAAUAUUCUCAUGAAGGAAAAUCUGAUUCCUUCUAAUGAGCUAAGCAGAGCCUACACUAAAGCUCUCUGCCAACAUGCAUGGUCCUGGAUCUUGGUUGAAUAGAGCAGUCUUGCUAGGUGCAGCUGAUGGACAUGCUUGUCAUAAAUAGUUUUAAAAUUGGACAAACACAAAGGCUUACACGGGCCAAAUAAACAAGGUAUAAGUUUAGUUGGGCCACCAACAAACUUCAGCAUUCAUAGUGAAGUACAGUCUAAAAGUUGCCUAACUGACACUGGCGUCCUCAUGCUCGUACGGCUUCAAAGUAAACAAAAGGGCAAAUUUAUUUUAAGGAGACUUUAAUUUGCAUAUAACCAACUACUUCGACAAAAGGUUUGGUAAUGGGACUGACAUGCUGAAUGUAUGCUGUUGCACAGCUGUAAAAACAAACCAAUAACAUCUUGUUUUUGAAGUCCUAUGAGUGUUCACUGUGACUGAGAUCAUCAAACUUGAUCUCAGCCAAUGCUUCCCCAUAGGAAAGCAUUCGGAGGCUAUUGUGCAUGUGUGAAAAAGCUGCGCGGCCAAUGAGCAUCUCUAUGGGGAGUGUUCAGUACCUCCAUGCAGACCCAAUCUAAUACACUGCCCCUUCCUCCCCAAUUUAAUACAUUGGCCCCUCACUCCCCCAAAUUAAUAGUGCCACCUCCUAAAAUUAAUACACUGCCCCUCCUCAAUUCACUUACCUUAAGCUGAGCCACCUGUGUUCCAGCUCGGCACUCCUCUGGCCUGCGGGAGCACACAAUCGGUCUACGUGGGGGUGAGACCAGAAUGAUACCGGAAAUCUCUCCUGUCUUGCGGCUGGAUGCAACACAAAGUGGCCCCAGGGCAGGUUGGCCGCGCAUGUAUCCAUUGUGGGAAAUAUUAAACUGCCUCCACUUGUCUGACCCAUUGGGUUUUUUUUUUUGUUUGUGUAUCCUUUCUUUUUAUAGGUCGCGCCAUGAAUAUCCAGUUAGUAACAUCACAAAUUGAAGCUCAGAGGAGACCAGUACAAAUGUAAGUAUCUGGGCUAGCAAUCUGCCAACACUGGUCAAAACUUAAUCGACACUAAAUUAUGGAUUUUUAUAUAUAACAUUUUUUUUCUUUAAUAGACUAAGCAGAGGCGGAGGUGGUGGUGUCAGACAACGAGGAGGUGCCACAGGUUUUGGAGCUGGUGGUGCAAACAGGAGGGGAGGAAGAGGUGGUAACAGGGGUCGUGGGCGAGGCGCUGCAAGAAACCCAAAACAGCAGCUAUCAGCAGAAGAGUUGGAUGCACAGCUUGAUGCCUAUAAUGCUAGAGUAAGUACAUGUAACAAGAUGCCAAUUCUACCAUACAAUUCUUGGCAAUCUUUAUUGUGAUGUAAGCAUGACAUAUAGAAUAUGCAGUGGUCUGGUUUUUAUUAUUGCAGCAAGUACCAUCUCUUGUGGCCAAACUGGCUAAAGUCUGAUACUGGAUUUAGUCAUGGGCUGUCUGAAGAGAUUGGCAUUGAAGUUUAUGGAAACUUGUUCAGCUAGAACAUAGCUUUAAAGACUACAGGGAGCAGUAGUUUAACUUCCCAACUAGUAACUUUGACUUGGUGCCUAUAUCUAGUUCCAGCACAGUGGGUGUUGCCAUAUUUAGUAUUGUAGCUUUUCUCUGGACAGCUGCUGUAGCAUGUGGGUGGGAUUUAGAACUGCUGCAAAGUAUGUAAAUUUAUUUUGUGUAACUUGUAUUUUAUAUUUCCUCCACAGAUGGAUACCAGCUAAUCUGUACUCGUGUUUUCCUGUGUUGGCUCUGAAACUUUCUACGUACGGACUGUUUUUUUGCUUUUAUUUCUGAUAGGGUUUUAAACUCAUGUAAAGUUGCAUACAUUUUCUUUCUUACAUUAGCAGACCUGUUUUGUAUACAUUUUCUGGAUGAAUUUUACUGGUUGAGUGUUAUAUGCAGGAUUUUUUAAUUAUUCUCCCCUUAACCCCCUCCACCCUUACUAAAUAAAACAACCUCAAUGUUUGUUUUGUCACUGUUCUUUUGGUAAGGGAUCAGCAUGUCCAGUGCAGUUGGAAGUUUAAGAUAGGGGGUUAUCCCUGGUUAGUGCAUUGUGCCAAUGUAAAAUGCUCUUUAUAUCAAACUGUCCCUAUUCCAUGAUACAGGCAUAUAAGUAUUGACCAUUAAACGCCACUGGGUCUGCAUCUUGUGUUUCUCGUUUUAUUUGUUCAUAUAAUCUCUUCUGUGGUUGUUCUGCUAAACUGCAGUAAACGAUCAUUUGGGGUUUCCUUGACCAACUACUGGUGUAAUGGCAAACUAUAUUUUGUAGUGACACUUACAAACCUUGCUGUACUGGGUAGGGAAAUGUCAAUGGUUUAUUGAACUUGAACUCCCAAUCAUAUCUUCUCUUUGAAAAUGUUUACUAAAAGAAUAAACUGUCUGAAGUGUGAUUAGUGCUCUUAUCCAACACAAAUACUGAUUGAGAUGCCAUGUAAAACAUGCUGAGUUGCUUGGGUCUUCAAAGGGAAACAUUACUGGUUAAAUGUAAGAACAGUUCUGUAUUUAGUAGACAUUCAUGUGUUUUAAUUUAUCCUGUAUGUACAAACUGCUUGCAAAAGCUACAAAUGUGUUAUAAUCAAAGUUGAAUUUCUAUGGAAAUAGUAUUUUCACUGUACCAAUCAGGGGCCUAAUCUUCAGAUAUAUCCAAUGAACUACAAUAUUUUGGGUGGAAAAUGCCAGACCUAAAUGUUGUGUGAUCUACACUGAUCAUUGGUGGUGACUUUUACAGUUUAGUGCUUGUAUGAGGUCUGAGUGUACUUUUUACACUACAUGUCCUAUUAAUAAACCUGAGG